AUGGACGCCCUUUCGUUGCUGGUCUCGAUUGUCGCCUUCCGUUCCGCCGGCUCGAGCAGCGCCGUACGCUCCAGCAGCAUCGCUUUCUGCCGCGGCGGGAAACUCGCCUGCUUGAUCGAAGGAGAGGUUGACGAGGAGGCUAUGCUCGCCCGUUCCACGUUCCCGAUCAAACCUCCCGCGCUGAUUGCGCGCGCCAAGCAGGUCCUCGAGGCUGGUGUGGGCACAAAAGACGGCGGAGAGUGCCUAGCUCCCGACUUUGAGUUUUGCGCCGCCGUGGUUGGGCCGCUCGGCCGUGAGGAGUACCUCGCUGCGCUCGGCACCUUCAAGCUCGAGGACGCUUUCCCGGACAUCAAUCCGAACUACUACGGCUUCCGCGUCGACCCUUUCGAACCGAAUCGUGUGUGGUUUAUGUCGCGCAGCACUGCGACGCACACGGGGCCGCUGCUUGGCAAGCCGCCGACGGGCAAGAAGCUGUCGCUGCCUCCACAGCAGUUCCACCUCGACUUCAACGAAGGCGGGCUGCUACGCGAGAUCGGCUUCUACGUCGUCGACAGGCGGCAAGGGAACACGGGCGGGCUGGGAGGAGCCUUCGGCUACUUCUUCGGCACGGGGAACCCGCUUCCCAUCCCAGAGUGCCAGCCCUACAAGCCGUCCAAGCGCUUCCGCCUCCUGAACUUUGCGGGGAGAAUUGGCACUCGUCUGAAGAAGCUGAAGGGCGGCGACCUUUAA